GUUCUCAAGGCAGCUACGGGCACGGCUCUGGUGGUUUUCGGCGCGGUGCUUCUCUACAUCCCAACCGUCAUCCUGUAUAUCAUCAUGUACUACAGGUACCUCCCAGAGCUGGUGACCACCGUGCCGGUUUAUUUACAAUAUGGAGUCGGCCCCAACCCGUUCGGUAUCGCUUCCCUCGAUCACCUCCACGCCUUCCAACCCUACGACAUCUCCGUCUUGCUGACCCUCCCGCGCUCCCCGGCCAACCUCGAGCGCGGCAACUUCAUGGUCGCGCUGCACCUCCUCACCCCGGACCCAUCCGCCAGCAGCUCGCCAAACCUCCCCUACAUUCCCCCCCACACGGCCGCGCGCCCGGCCAUCCUGCCCUACGCGGACCCGCUCGCGUCUCUCGCGGCCCGCCUGCUCCUGCUGCCGUACCACGUGCUCUUCCCCGCGCGCGCGUCGGCCGCGCGGCUCGCGCUGCCGAUGGCCGAGGCGCUCGCCUUCGCCCCGCGCCGCGCCGUGCCGCGCAGCCUGCUGCUCGAGGUCCAGGGCGGCCAGGCGCUGCAGGUGUACGAGGUCAGCGUGCGGUUCGUCGCGCGCCUGCGCGGCCUGCGCUGGCUGGUCUACCGCUGGCGCGUGGCGGCCUUCGUGCUCAUCACCGGCGGGAUGUGGGUGGCUGAGGUGGUGGUGCUG